CUCAGGUAUCAGUGGGGUGUUUAAGUUCUCAUUUAAAGCACUGACUAUUAACAUGUCCCAGAUAUCAGUUCGUGUACAAACAUAUCUGGUUUUGGGUGUUAUAAUCGCAUGCUUCUCAAUACUGUAUCCCAAAAUCUUCCAUCCGAUGCUUCUUCAUCUACUGGGUUUUACAAAAAAUAGGCACACAGAAGAGCAUACCAGGUUUGAAAACCUCCGGUUAAAUGGUCAUCAUGCACAAAAACCUAUCAGAGCUUCAGAAGGGAUUGUUCAACAGGAUCAAGGGAAAAGAGGUGGAAUUAUGUCGAUCGUUUUGCCUGUCUAUGCUGUUGGUAUAGUGUUAUAUUUGUUUUACACACUUUCAAAGAUAUUUUCGUCAAAACGCCGGAAAAAUACUGAUAAAAAAGAGGAGUUUCUACGACAAUACUAUCGUGAUUUCCAUUAUGAUGUUGAUCGGGGUAAAUUUCGCAUGGGUCAUGACUCGUCCGAUGAUGACGAUGACACCGCUGAAACAGACACAUUUGGAAGUCCAAGUUUAAAUUUUCUUAGUUCUAGAAAAUCAUCUGGAGAUUCAAACUGCAAACCAUUUGAAUGGGGUUCCGUUUUCAAGGGUUCUUACCCAGAUAUUUAUCGCUCGGCUAAAAGUUUACCCAAAGAUUUGGGAAAAUUGCUUAUGAGGAUGGAACGCCAAGAUUUGGAUACAGAAGAGUUGUCACGUCUUCGUGUUAGACUCGAGCAAACUGAACAUGAAAUGACACGCAUACUACAAGCAAUGCAAUCUGCAGAAGAUGCUCUACGUGGUUCAAUUGAAGAACAAGAGAUAGAUGAAGGAAUUUUCACUACCAUAUCUGACAGGGAACAGUCUGGAGUAAAUUUGAAUGAAUAUGAAGAUAUGGCAAGUGAAGUGUUAGACAAAGAAAUCACUGAGGAAAAUGAAUCAGAACGCGAUUUUAAUAUCUCACAGUCAAAGGAGAAUUUAGAAAUACCCUAUGAAGAGGUGACGACAUUUGACGACCAUAACAAAGGUGAUGUAACUGAAUCAUGCAUUCGCCGUCGUUUAGUUACAUUUAAUUGACUUCGGUCUCCAGCCGUCAUCAUGAUUUGAACACUGAGACUAAUCACCAUGAAUUACAUAAUAAUCUCGCCACAACAAUUAGUAACAAUUCAAACACUUCUGUAUACGGUUCUGAUAAUUUUAUUCAUAACGACCUCUGUGUUUCUAGUUACUUUUGCAUUUAUCUUCGUUUUUGUCACUUUGUAUAUUGUUGUAGUGAGCAAAAUAAGUUUUUUUCCUACUUUUCUUUUUUUAAUUUUCUAUAUUCCUCAAAAUAUUCCUUGGUAGUGUUGCAUUUUUGUCAUUUUUCUCUUGACUGACCAACAAUAUGUGAUAAGCAAUAUUUGAAUUAUAAUAUGGUCUUAUUUGUAUGAGAUAAUUUUGUUUAUCCGUUUGAUGAGUGUGAUGCAUAAUUAUUGUACGCUAGAAAAUACAUUCAACCUACAAAGUGCGCAACUUUGAAUCUUCAGUAACUCUUUAAAAAAAGUUCUUAUACCGUAUUCGUUAAUUUGGAGUAAUCGACGAGUAGGUUGAAUUCAUACAAUUCGUUAUAAUCGUUUCUUACAAAUUGUACUUAUUUUCUGCAGUCUGUUUGGAUUAUUAAGCAUUUUGAGACUGACUUGAACAUCCGUAAUUUGAAUAUGUAUAACUUCUACAUAUAUUUGAGUAGCUUACUUUAACUACUACCCUGCCAUUGUUUGUAGAAUAGUGAUAUUUUAGCGCCAGCAAGUAUUUCCACAUACUGCUUAUUGGAGUGCAUUUAUAGAAUACAAUGCUGUGAUCUCUUAAAUGUGCUGUACAGAGUUCAUGAGCAAGGCAUUUCAUCUUGUAGCCAGAGAGACAUAAACAACUCCGAACCUGAUAGUAACGUCUAUUUGUCCAUAUUGUUAUAGCUCACAUAACAUCACAAGAAUGAAUACUCAACAUUGGUGUAAAAUAAGCGGUAAAUAUUGGAAGGAAAAAAAUAAAAUGAAAUGUGGGGAUAAUAAUAUGUCCAAGACUCAGAGAAAGAUGAAUUUUAUCUGGAGAAUUUAAAUCGGGACAUUUGCACAUCUCAAACAGUUUGAACAAAUGAUCUUGUAAACUAAUGGAAUUUUAUUGUUGAGAUUAUUUUGGAUGCCUAAAAUUGAUCUGUCUAUAUUGUGAUUUUACGGUUAAGCUAGCCAAAAAUUAACCACUACAUAGUUAAUUAGAUGUAACUUGAUCUAAACAACAUAAACAUUCUUUUGCUAUUGCAAAAAUUGAUAAGCAAUAGGGAAUUCCCACUUUUGAAAAAAGUUUAGUAGUUUGGAAGGAUCUUUAGAUUACUACAAGUUGAACAGACUGCUUCAGUUAUUUUUCAAAGGUGAAACACUAAAUAGUCGGAAAAUAAAUUCGGAUUAGUACUUAGAAACUAAGUCUUCUAGAAAUCGCUAUUUUAUAAGACAAAUUGAUUAUAAAUGGAUAAGUUCACCCUUGAAAAUUAUUACCAUAUUAAAGCAUACCGUCCAUAAUCAUUCACAAAAUCUAAUACAACUAACAACUGACUAAUUAUUGUAAGUAUUGUUUACCUAUAACACACUUCGGAAUAGUCAUUAAAUGAAUACGACACAAGAUGUGUAACAUUUAGAUUACCUUACAGUUUGGUCUAGAAUUACGCAAUUGAAGCAAACAACUACUUUCACUUUCCAUGAACUAAAGGACAAAUACAAAUAAGUAACCAAUAUUUGACAAGUACACAUCAAAUCUACUUCAUUCAGGACAAUGUACAAUGGAACUACCAAAAUUACAAUAGACGAAUUGACAUAAAAACGCUAACCUGUAAAACCACGGCUCAUGAUUGAUUAUUUACCCCAUUAUAUAUUUG